AUGUGCGGCCGGACGUCCUGCCACCUGCCUAAGGAGGUCCUGGCCCGGGCCUGCGCCUACCGGGACCGGCACGGCCGCCAGCGGCUCCCGGAGUGGAGGGACCCCGACCGGUACUGCCCCUCGUACAACACGAGCCCGCGGUCCAGCAGCCCGGUGCUCCUGUCCCGGGUGCACCUGGAGAAGGACGCAGACUCGUCCGAGCGGAUCAUUGCGCCCAUGCGGUGGGGCUUGGUUCCCUACUGGUUCAGAGAAGCGGAUCUCUCCAAGCUGCAGAUUAACACCAGCAACUGCCGCAGUGACACCAUAAUGGAGAAGCGGUCCUUCAAGGUGCCUCUGGUUAAGGGGAGACGCUGUGUCGUCUUAGCGGACGGAUUCUACGAGUGGCAGCGACGUCAGGCCACGAACCACCGGCAGCCCUACUUCAUCUACUUCCCGCAGAUCAAGACCGAGAAGGCCGAGCAGGUGGGUGCUGUGGCCAGCCCCGAGGACUGGGAGAAGGUCUGGGACAACUGGCGGCCGCUGACGAUGGCCGGCAUCUUUGACUGCUGGGAGCCCCCGGAGGGCGGAAGCUGCCUCUAUUCCUACAGUAUCAUCACGGUGGACUCCUGCAAGGUCAUGACCGACAUCCACAACAGGAUGCCUGCCAUACUGGAUGGGGAGGAGGCAGUCUCUAAGUGGCUGGACUUCGGUGAGGUCUCAGCUCAGGAAGCUCUGAAGCUGAUCCACCCCACGGAGAACAUCGCCUUCCACCCAGUGUCGUCCAUGGUGAACAGAUCCUGGAACAACGCUCCCGAGUGUCUGCUCCCGCUCCACCUGCUGACCGGAAAGGAGCUCAAGGCGAGCGCCAGCAGCCAGAAGAUGCUGCAGUGGCUGGCCACGAAGUCACCCAAAAAGGAAGAGCCCAAAACACCCCAAAAGGCAGAGUCAGAUGUGCCCCAGUGGUCCAGCCAGUUCCUGCAGAAGAGCCCACAAACCCCCAAGCGAGGCAGUGCCGGCCUCCUGGAGCGGUGGCUGAAGCGGGGUCAGGAGGAAGAGCCUGCGGCCAAGCGGCCUCACACGCAGUAG